GGGCAUCGAGCUGCCGCUUCACGACCACGGUAUGGAGCCAGUGGAGUUUCUGAGGAGCAUGGGCAUCUCCCUCACCCCACUGAAUGAGGCUGUGGCUGGGGCAACAGAGACACAUGGGGAGGCACAUAAAGGUGUUUACAGGGUGAAACUGGUGGCAGAGGUGACCCAGACCCCAGAGGAGGAAGUAGUACCCCUCAUCGUUCAGCUCAUAUCCCCCCCAUUUCUGGGUAGAACAGUCCUGACUGCUGGACCAGCCAAGUUUGGAAUGGACCUUAUCAAGCAGGAGCAUGGGGUGAAGGGCAGCAUCGUGAAGACCUCUCCCUACACAGCAUGUGGGCCCAUAGAGAAUGCUGAGGAGCUGAGUGGGCACAUUGCCCUGGCACUGCGUGGCGACUGCAUGUUUGCUGCCAAGGCCCGCAGGCUACAGGAGGCUGGGGCUAUCGGAGUCAUCUUCAUAGACCACCGGGAGGGGAGUAACAGUGCAGCGACGCCCCUGUUCCAGAUGGUGGGAGAUGGAGGGUCCACGGCUGACAUCACCAUCCCUCUGGUUUUCCUGUUCAGCCAGGAGGGGGCGCUGCUCACCUCUGCUUUGGAGGAUCACAGCAACGUAGAUGUACUGAUGCUGCCCAAAGAGCGACAGCUAGGUAAGAGAGCAGACAAAGCAGACAAGCCCCUGGGGAAGAUGAACAUCAAGUUCCGCCUGGCAGAAGAGGGGGAGCUAGAGGAGGGGGAGGCCAGAGGCCCCACCCUGAAGUUUGUCCUGGAGAAGGGAGAGGUGGUGUUGGAGGAAGAGGAGUACAGACAGCAAGGAGACAGCUGCUUAACAGCUGGUGGCGAUCAUGUACCAUGUUCUUACGGACAAACUGCUGCCUCGCCUCCCUUCCACAGCCCCAACGACCCCAAUACAGACCCCUGAUCUCAGGACAGUCAGGUUCCUCAACCCCCUCCCACUGACCACAGGGCCUGGGCUCCCCAGCACUGAUCCCUGGUCAGUCUAGAGGCAUGUUGCUGUGCCAAGAGAGAGCCCUCACUGCCUUGCCACACGCUCUGGACUGGACUGAACUGAUCGUUUUAACCAAGAGGGGAGCUUAGCGUGACAGUCAAUCCCACUGACUCACUCACUCUCCCUUCUCGUAUAGUUAAUAAUUAUUGGAACUGCAGUAGGUAUUAAUGUAUAGGAAGGGAUGGACAUUGGGCAGGGGUAGUGCUACACAAACAUAGCUUGUUAGUCUUACCUUGCUACUGUAGCCUCAUCACCAGUUGUAUUGUGGUGAUGACAUAGAUUUAGUCAGAUGCUUGUAAGAGAGAAUUGAUGAUGUGCACAUUUCAGAGAAAUAGCUGAGGGGAUAUUAGGUUGAUGUAGGGCACCUUUGUCUGAAGCCUUGUGUUUCAGUCUGUACUGUAGGCUAGAUUGUGUUGAGCUGCAGCAAUGACGUGGGGAUUUCUUUACUGUCCCCUGUACCAAGAUGGUGUCCUGUCAAUAGUGAUGUGUGUUCAUUUACCCAUUGUGGCUAGUAGUGCUGUUUUGAAGGGAUGCGUUAUCACUCACAAGAAUCACAAACUAUAAUGCUUUUAGACAAAGGAUAAGGGGCCAGUUUGGGUGAACUAAUGACUUCAGUCUUAUUUUGUACUGGUAAAUCAGGGGAAUUUAAGAGUUAAAAAUACUUGAAUGUGUGUGUGAUCAUUACUACACUACCGAAUCAAAACCUUGUAUCGACCUUAGUGAUGCGUAUUUCAUUUUUCAAAUGUCAGUUGGUUAUUAUUAAAGGUAGACUCAGCGAUGCACGAAGUAAACAUAAUAUCUGGACGAAUUCCGUCACAACUAAGACCGUUUAAGCGCCAAACUAAACUUCUCUGCUGUUUUGGUCUCGUAGCUAUCAUAUUGUAGCAGCGAGAAGCGCACCCGUGCACAUAUGCAGAUACUGUGUGAGAAGAAAGUCUUGCAUUGUACUUAAUAUCUGUAGACCUGCUCGUUGCAACUUUAAAAGACUGAGUCUACCUUUUUAAGUUAACUCCACUGCCUCUUCUUUCUCGGAUGGUUUUAGCUCUAGGUUGGUACUCUUCCUGUCUUCAACACUGCCCCUGUGCCACCAGAGUCUUAUAAUGCCAUGCACUUUGGCACAUGGGCAUCUUCCUACUAGAGCUAAUGUCAUGGUGGGGAUACACCCAGGGACUGCUUCCCAAGCAGCUCACAGCACACCAAACACACGGUCUGUCUGUGUUUUGUCUGUUUGGUGUCUUCUCAUUGUAAACAGCCUUUGUAUGAUUGUUUGUGUGUGGACAGUGUAAGAACAUCAGACUGUUCCAUUGUUUUCUCUUCUUUUUCUCUUUCCAUUCAUCUUUCUUUUCGCAGUAUGAGAUUACCUGGGCAUGAGUGUGUGUGUGUGUACCAAGAACAGUUAAGAUGCAGCAGCCAUAAUGUUUCUAUUUGUAUGAUCAGAUGCAGUCACUCACAUCUGUGUAUUUUAUCAUUCAUUCCUGAGUCUCAAUUUGAUCUGCCAGAUGUUGAAUAAUUUUUGCAUGAGUUUUAUGUGUAAUAUAUAAUUUUAAGGUGUAAAAGUGGGUUAUAUUCCAAUUACAGUUAACAUUAGUGCAGUAGUCCUGUCAUUUUUGCUGCUCACUUAAUUUGAAAUCUUAUUCCAACAUGGCCACCUAUAUACUUGUGUAUUUCAGUCAACCUGUAUACAUAUAUGACCAUUACUGUCCACUCAGAGAGGAAAGGGCCAUGAGACAUUAAACAUAAGUUGUCUUUUUAGGUAUUUAUUCUGCAAAUAUUAUUUGCCUUUUGGAAAUGUUGAUAUGAUAGGAAUAGCUGAAGCUCCCAAAAGUGCCAAAGUGAUUAUUGCUGAUAACACAGUAUCAGAUUCUAAUGUACUUUGUCUUUUGAGAAGAUUAUUUGAGAGCUGAAGCAACCUGAUCUUGUCAAUAAAUUUAAGAAUUAUGA